GAAAUCUUGAAUGCUGUGGUAAUCCCGAACUAUCAGUAAUGAUAUCUGGUGACAUAGCAAAUAAAACAUAUGCCGAAAUUGAAGAUUGGAUUAAAAGUCAAACCGAUUUGCCAUUCAUACACGUAUACAAACGACACGAUCUUGAGUUUGGCCAUAUACAUUUUGCAUCCCAUGAAGAUGCUUGCAAUUUCCUCCACGACAUGUCUAAAAGACCUUUUCGUGGACUUAACAAUGAAAAGAGAAAAAUAAAAAUCUCUGAAUCAACUUAUUUUGGCUCCCGAGUUAAAGUCGACUACGGCACUGUUCUUAAUAAAAAAAGAAAAAUUCAAGAUAGUCCACGUGAAACAAUUGAUUAUCUUAAUAACCAUUCAUAUGACGACAAUGACCAAUACAGACUUUAUGAAGACACUAAUGGUCAAAAAUACAAAUUGGUUUUGCAUACACCAGGUGCCAAAACCAAAACUCAAUUGAAAGUAACCGUCGAAGAAGAAGGCAUAGCUGUCACCGUUGAAUGCGAAGUUAUUAAACAAGCUGUAUCGGAAACAAAACUUUAUGACAGCAUUAAAUUAAAUUCAUUCCGAACUAGAGUCAAAUUUCCGCAAAA